AUGGAGCCGAACACGAAGGACCAGAUGAGCUCUCGCCACAGGGGAAGGUUGUACUCGUUCUCGACCCACUUGGUCUCGUUGCUCGAGGCGUUGAGGCCGAACGCGAAGGUGGCGUUGGGGGCGUCGACGGCGGACUCCAACCAGGGACCUCAACCAGGGACCCCAACCAGGAUCCCAAUCAGGAACCCCAAUCAAGGACCCCAACCAGGGACCCCAACGAAGGGAUCCCAAAUAGGGACCCCAACCAGGGACCCCAACGAAGGGAUCCCAAAUAGGGACCCCAACCAGGGACUCCAACUAGGGACCCCAAACAGGGACCCCAACCAGAGACCCCAACCAGGGACACCAACCCAAAUAUUCACGCGUGGUUAA